UUGUGAUUCGCCAAUUCUUACGGCUUACAACUUACGACACGUAUUGUAGAAUGACCUUUUAAAGACUAUAGGAGAAUUGGGCUGAAUUCACCUUUUCACGCUUCUGAACUGUUCGUGUAUGCUGAUGUAUGCUUGCUGGCAGAAACGUGGAGAGUAGUUGUCAGGAAUAUUAAUUUGAAAUCAGUUUCGUAAGCCAAUUUGCGAAUAUAAAAUAGAGAUUAGACGAAGAUAUUUAACAAAAUAUGGUUGAUGCAAAAAACGAGGAGAUUGUAGAAAAUGGUCCUCAAAAAACCGCAAAACAACUGCAAAAAGAAGCCAAGAAAUUGGCAAAGUUAGAAAAAUUUAAGCAGAAACAAGAGAAAAAGGAAAUUGAAAAAUCAGUGAAUGUAAAGGAAAAGCCAGAGAAAAAUGAAAAAAAGAAGGAGACUACAUCAAUUCUUUAUACUGUUGAUACACCACCUGGAGAGAGGAAAGAUAUUUCAUGUCCUUUACCGGAUACAUAUAGUCCGCAAUAUGUAGAAGCUGCAUGGUAUGCUUGGUGGGAAAAGGAAGGUUUUUUUAAGCCAGAAUAUGGAGGAAAAGAUAUAUUCAAAGAGAAUCCUAAGCGAAAAUUGGUAAUAAUAAUGCCACCUCCUAAUGUUACUGGCUUCUUGCAUCUUGGACAUGCUCUAACUAAUGCUGUAGAGGAUGCUAUUGUCAGAUGGAACCGUAUGAAAGGUCUCACUACGCUUUGGGAUCCAGGUUGUGAUCAUGCUGGUAUCGCCACUCAAGUGGUUGUAGAGAAAAAGCUCUGGAAAGAAGAAAAGAAAUCUCGUCAUGAUAUUGGAAGAGAAGAAUUUAUUAAAAAAAUAUGGCAGUGGAAGCAUGAGAAAGGUAAUAGGAUUUAUUCACAGUUGAGAAAGAUAGGUAGUUCUUGUGAUUGGAGCCGUGUCUUUUUUACAAUGGAACCUAAAUUAUAUAAAGCUGUAACAGAAGCAUUCGUGCGUUUACACGACGAGGGUAUCAUUUAUCGUAGCAAUCGUUUAGUUAACUGGUCGUGUGCUUUAAAAAGUGCUAUAUCAGAUAUUGAAGUUGACAAGAUGGAGCUAAGCGGUCGGACUCUACUUUCGAUACCUGGCUAUAAAAAGAAAGUGGAAUUCGGUGUUUUAAUAUCAUUUGCUUAUCAGCUUAUUGAUUCAGAUGAUAAAAUAGUAGUAGCAACUACUCGUAUUGAAACAAUGUUAGGAGAUACUGCUGUUGCAGUGCAUCCAAAAGAUAGCAGAUAUGCCCAUUAUAUCGGGAAAUAUAUCCUACAUCCAUUUUGUGAUAGACGUAUACCCAUUUUAGCAGAUAAAUUCGUUGACAUGGAAUUUGGCACUGGUGCUGUAAAGAUUACGCCAGCUCAUGAUCCCAACGAUUAUGAAGUAGGAAAAAGGCAUGACCUACCAUUUAUAAAUAUUUUUAAUGAUGAUGGAUGUAUUAUUGGAGAUUAUGGGAAAUUUACGGGAAUGAAAAGAUUUGAAGCUAGAGUAGCUAUUCUUGAAGAAUUAACGAAAAGAAACUUGUUGAUCGACGUAAAAGACAAUUCAAUGGUAAUACCUAUAUGCAGUCGAUCUAAAGAUGUCGUUGAACCUCUUAUAAAACCACAAUGGUAUGUCAAAUGUGAUGAAAUGGCUGCUCAAGCUAAGAAGGUAGUAGAAACAGGUGAUUUGAAAAUUAUUCCGCAACAAUUUGAAAAAACUUGGUAUCUCUGGAUGGAUGGUAUCAGAGAUUGGUGUAUUUCACGUCAGCUCUGGUGGGGACAUCGUAUUCCCGCGUAUGCAAUUAAGCUUGUUGAUUCUUGUUCAAGCAUAAACAAGACAGGUGAAACAUUCUGGGUGAGUGCGCAUUCUGAGAUUGAAGCUAAAGAGAAAGCGGCUAAGAAAUUAGGCAUUGAUGUAAACCAGAUUAUAGCAGAACAAGAUUCCGAUGUUUUGGACACCUGGUUCUCUUCUGCUCUUCUUCCAUUCUCUAGUUUUGGCUGGCCAGACCAAACUCCAGAACUGAAAGCAUUUUAUCCAGGUACGUUACUAGAAACUGGUCAUGAUAUACUUUUCUUCUGGGUUGCUAGGAUGGUUUUCAUGGGACAAAAAUUAUUAGGACAAUUGCCUUUCAGAGAAGUGUAUCUCCAUGCUAUGGUGAGAGAUGCGCAUGGAAGGAAAAUGAGUAAAUCUUUAGGAAAUGUAAUAGAUCCUAUGGAUGUCAUUAAAGGAAUAUCAUUGGAAGAUCUUCAAAAACAAUUAUUAGACUCGAAUUUAGAUCCAAAGGAACUAGAUCGAGCUCGAGAGGGCCAGAAACGUGAUUAUCCACAUGGCAUACCCGAGUGCGGUACGGAUGCUUUGCGAUUCACUCUCUGUGCUUAUACUACUCAAGGGCGAGAUAUAAAUCUUGACGUGCUACGUAUACAAGGAUACAGGUUCUUCUGUAACAAGAUUUGGAAUGCUACCAAAUUCGCGCUUACUUAUUUCGCACCUCAAUUUAAAUAUGACGAGAAUCAUACAUUGCAUGGAAAUGACAAGAAAGAUACUAGACAACAUAAUAAUAAUUCAGUUGACACUGACUUGGAGGGUGCAUGGUAUAACAAAUACCAUGACUGGGAUUUGCAUCAACCAUCUAUUCAAGGGGCAAUAAAUCAUUAUUUAGCAGAUCAUCCAUAUCUUGAUGGUUACACACCGACGCAACUUGAUCCUUCGGUUCAUCAAUUGUUAAAGGAUUCAGAUAUCAACUUUGUGAAUUAUCCACAUCUUAAACGUUGGUACGAUCAUAUUGAAACAUUCACAGAUGCAGAAAGAGCUAAAUUUGCGAAAGUGGAAAUGUUGAAAAACAUUCAAAGAAAAAUUGAAGAUACAUUUGAGUUGACUGACUUAAAUGAGAAAAAUGUACAUUUAUGGAUGUUGUCAAGAAUCAGUUAUGCUGCUAAAACUUCUAACGAAGCAAUGGCGCAAUAUGACUUCGCAUUAGCCACUUCGAUUUGCCACAAUUUGUGGUUAUAUGAACUGUGCGAUAUUUACCUGGAGUACCUCAAACCAAUAUUUCAAAGUGAGGAUAACGCGGCCAAGUUAGCGGCUCAGAAGGUAUUGUUUAAGACAAUGGAUGUAGCAUUGCGUUUACUGAGUCCAUUUAUGCCAUUUAUAACGGAGGAACUCUAUCAACGUUUACCUCGCAAAGAGCAAAUUCAUCCAAGUAUAUGUAUCAGUCCGUAUCCAAAUGUCGCCGAGUGCCCCUGGCGAAACUACGAGAUUGAAGAGGACGUCGAAUUCAUGCAGAAAAUAAUCAAGAAUAUUAGAUCGGCUCGUGCGACUUAUAAUUUACCUAAUAAAACCAAAACCGACGCAUUUGUCGUGUGUCGCGAUCAAAUCGUGAAGGAAAAGAUUGAUCAAUAUAAAUUGCUCAUAGAAACUCUCGCGUAUUCUGUUCUCAAGGUGAACGAACCGCCAGCUGGAUGUGCGAUUAUUACCGUAACCGAUAAAAUUCAAGUACAUCUCUUACUUGAGGGCUUAAUUGAUGCAGAGAAAGAAUUAGAGAAGUUACACAAGAAAAAGGAGCAGUUGGAUGAAAUCGCACAGAAAUUGAAACAAGAAUCAAACAUGCCCGAUUAUGAGACAAAAGUACCUCUGUCUAUUCGGGAAACCAACAAGGAAAAAUUGUCAAGGAGCGAAGGCGAAUUAAUACGAAUAGUCGACGCAAUGGCGAUUCUACAUGCUAUGUCUUGCUCUAAGUAAUAUUUAUAGAAGACAAUUUCCUAACUCCAUUUUAGAUCGUGUGUCGUAUUCGAUCGUUUGAUCGAGUUGUCUGGAGGAAGAGGACGAAAGGAGGAUAAAAUUGGCUUUGUUGAGGAAACUUCGCAUGGAUUUGUAAUGACAAUACUAGGUGGAGG